AUGGAGGAGCUACAUGAUGUAACACGAAACUACCUGAAUGUAACUGACCCCAUUGAGGCUGCUGCACGAAGACAGAGAGUGCUCCACAGCGAUGCAACUGAUCUGAUGGAAAGAACAGCAGAUGCCAUAAUGGCGGCCUCACACCAGACUUCUCAACCAAGACUAAUAUCACAAGCCAAUGAAAGUAACCCUGUGACGCCCCCACCACUACAAGAAGAUCCUCUCCAUGCUCCCCUACUUCCACAACAACUGGCUGACUACUGCCCCAAUUACGGAGAGGAGAAAGACAUAGAUUUAGAUCCUUUAUAUAGGGAGACAGCAUCUUAUGCAGAUGAGAACCCUGAGGAAGAAGAAGUGAACUCAGCGAGAAUUAAAUCUAUAAUUAUCAGUCCGCAAGCGGGGAGGAUAGAACUACCUUCAGGAACAAGUUUGUCCCAGGAACCAAUCGAGGCAACUGAAACUCGGGUAGUGCGACAAACAAGAGCUAAAGGAAGAGUAAGAAGAACUUCAAGGAGAACAGUUUGGAGAAGCUUUAGCUGA